CAAGAACAAUUUGAAGUUUUUCUUUUUGUCUGGAGCUGGAUGCCUCUUCCAGUUUCCUCUGCGCAGGACAUGGCACCUGCUUCGAUGAGACCAGGUGUUGGUCAGCACCUGCCAGUAUCAGUCCCUAUGGACGGCGGGCAAGCCUCCACGCCAACCGAGGUUCCAGCGGAUCGUGCCUUGCCUAGUGUGCACCCAGGUUCUGCUGCGCGCUUGUCAUCGCCAGAUACUGGAGAACCUACGCAGCCGCCAUUGGCGCCUGAGGCAGCGGGACAAUCGCAAGAACUACAACCAUUGACCUCUGAGGAAGUGGAGCCAACAAAUAAUGAUGUCCCGAGUUUGCCAGAAGAUGGCACUGUCGAUAUUUCACCCGGCGAUGGAAUUGAUGGUGUUGUCGUUGUUCCAGGAAGCGGACAAGAUGCCGGUACACGAGAGAGCCCACGCUCACCAGAAAAUAUUGCAACAGAGGGCUUACCAGAUGAGGCUGCAAAACGCAGCGCACAAGAAAAGUCUUCGUCAACGGAGUCACCUGAGCCAUCAUGGCUCAAACCGACAAGACAGCUUGUUCCCACGGGCAGGAUACUGCCACGCAGAAUAACACUAUACGAGACUCCACAAGAUAGAUAUAACGCGGCGCUUGCUACUUACGAUUACAUCGAGCGUAACGCUGGUGGCGCGGAAGCGCCAUCCAGCGAGGUUCAGGGUGAUCAGAAAGGAACUGAAGACCCCUCGCUGGAUAGGCCAGGCCCAUCAUCGUAA